AUGUCCCCAGACGACCAGGUCAGACUGACUGGCCAUUCAAGUUGGAAACACAGUCUUUUCGCCAUGGCUUUCCCGGGCCUUCUUCCCGAUUGGAGCAACCUGCAAGUGCUCCAUCGCAACACCCUCCCUCCUCGCGCCCACUUCUACUCGUACCCUUCCGAGCAGGCGGCCUUGUCGUUUGACAGAGACCAGGGGAAUUUCCACAGUCUCAAUGGAACGUGGAAGUUUCACUAUGACCCUUCUCCCUUUGAUGCGCCUGCUUGGGAGCUCGCCAACUUCACAUCAUGGGACGAUAUCCAGGUUCCAGGCAUGUGGCAGACGCAGGGCUACGGUCACCCCCAUUACACCAACUACGACUACCCAUUCCCCGUGAACCCCCCGAAUGUGUCUUAUGUGAACCCUACUGGCUCUUACUGGCGCGAGUUUGAUGUCCCAGAGGACUGGGCCGGCCAGCAGAUCCGUCUACGUUACGAAGGCGUUGAUAGUGCGUUCCACGUCUGGAUUAAUGGGGAAGAGGUUGGUUAUAGCCAAGGAAGCCGGAACCCCAGCGAGUUCGACAUCACUCCUUACCUGCUCUCUUCCGGGGAGAAGAAUACCAUUGCAACCAGGGUCUAUCAAUGGUCUGAUGGCUCAUACCUCGAGGACCAAGACCAAUGGUGGCUCUCCGGCAUCUUCAGGGACGUGUAUCUGGUUCCCUUCCCUGAGUCUGCCGUUGUAGACCUUCAAGUCAACCCAGAGGUUGAUAGUUCACUCACCAAUGCUACGCUCAGAGUCAAUGUCACCACCCAGGGCGAUGCCGGCCCAUUGCAGAUCAAGCUGCUGGACCCGUCUGGGAACGCCAUUCACCAAUGGCAAGAUGCAUCGACUGCGCAGUAUGCACAUCCCAUCCAGAGUGCACAGCUACAACUGUGGUCUGCCGAAACCCCAACCUUGUACACGCUGCUCAUAACCUUUGGGGGCCAAACAAUUAGCCAACGCGUUGGCUUCCGUCGCAUCGAGCUCAAGGACUCCAACUUCUUGGUCAACGGAAAGGCAGUCAUUCUCUACGGUGUGAACCGGCACGAGCAUCAUCACCUCUCGGGACGAGCCGUGCCAUACCAGGCAAUGCAUACUGAUUUGAUCCGGAUGAAGAGGUCAAACAUCAAUGCCAUCCGGACUUCUCACCAGCCCCCGCACCCCGCUUUCUUUGAUCUUGCCGAUGAGCUUGGCUUUUACGUCAUCUCGGAGGCAGACCUAGAAUGCCACGGCUUUGGUGCGAUCCCCAACUACAGUGCAGAGCAAUGGACCUCGGACAACCCAGACUGGCAGGAAGCUUACCUGGACAGAGCCAUCCAGCUUGUGUACCGCCUGAGAAAUCACGCUUCCAUCAUCAUCUGGUCGCUGGGCAAUGAGUGCUUCUAUGGGCAGAACCAUGCUGCAAUGUCCAAAUGGAUAAAGGAGUUUGACCUAACUCGUAUUUUGCAUUAUGAGGCCGACUACUACGCAGCCGUCGUGGACGUCUAUAGCUCCAUGUACACUUGGCCCGAUGAAAUCUUGCGACGCCUCCAGACUAUGACAGACAAACCACAUAUUCUAUGCGAAUUUGCCCAUGCGAUGGGGAACGGUCCUGGAGGUCUAGAAGAGUACAUUGAGCUUUUCAGGACCCAACCGCAUCUACAAGGUGGGCUGGUUUGGGAAUUCAGUAAUCAUGGACUUCUCAAGAAAGAGGGCGACUUGGAGUAUUAUGCAUAUGGCGGCGACUUCGGCGACGAGCCGAACAAUGCCGACUUCAUCAUGGACGGGCUUGUGCUUUCCGACCAUACUCCCAUGCCGUCAUUACUUGAAUACGCCAAGGUCAUUCAGCCUGUUUCGGUGAAACUUACUGAAGAUUUGUCGCAAAUGACAAUAAUCAAUCAUUAUGACUUUAAUGAUCUUGGCGGGCUCGAGGCGUCCUGGCAUCUUGUUCAAGACGGGACCGUCACUGAGGCAAAGCCUUUGGAUCUCCCUGACAUUCUGGCCGGCACAAACAGUACCCUGAGCCUACCGCUCGACAGGAGCAGCCUCACGACGGAGGCAUGGCUCGUAGUCGAGUUCAGGUUGAAGAAGGAUACGCUUUGGGCAGAACAAGGGCACAUUGUUGCCUGGGAUCAGCUUCACAUCCCCUCGCAGCAAGAGCAAUUGUUGAAGGAGACAACAGCUCCCGAUGCCCAAGUGCCUCUCGUUCCUCAACGCCCAAUGAAUAUAAUCCACUCAGGCACAAGGCUUCUCAUAGAAAGCGGGGACUCGGUAUUUGGCUUUGGCCUACUGCAAGGGAACGUGACGUGGACAGCCAGUGGCAUUGAUGUGUUCGAGCGAGGACCAGAACUAGCCUUUUACCGUGCCCUCACUCAAAACGACGUGGGCGGCUCUGGGGACAACAACGAAUGGAACCGCGCGCGGGUUGGAGAGCUCCACACGCAGGUUCGUGAUGUGACAUGGCAGGAUCAGGACGGGAUAGUGAGGGUGAACUACAAAGUUCGGGUCGCUCCAAAGGUGAUUGAGUGGGCUGUGGAGGCUGAUCUCACUUACACAAUCGACCCCAAUAGAUUCGGUCUGACACUCCGUGUCCGCGGCGAAUUUGUAGGAAAGAAUGCUCCGUCCGUGAUCCCUCGUAUUGGUGUCUUGGCCGUGCUGCCAGUAGCCUUUGAUGAGGUUUCGUGGUUUGGUCGCGGCCCCGGGGAAAGCUACAAGGACUCGAAGCAGGCUUCUCGAAUGGGACAGUACAGCUCUUCGGUGGACGACCUCUUCACUUACUAUGACUACCCCCAGGAGAAUGGCAAUCGCGAAGACGUGCGCUGGCUCCAGGUUGGGGCUCCAGAUAAGAACACAACCGUCCAGGUACAAAUGAGAGACACGCCGUUUAGCUUCACCGCACGUCGUUACAUGCCGCAUGAUCUCAACAACGCGCAGCACCCCCACGAAUUGAAGCCACUCAACAUGACCAUCUUGCACCUAGAUUAUAACAACAACGGUCUGGGCUCAGCAAGUGUCGGGCCACCCCCAUUUGACAAGUAUCGGUGCUACGCGGAGCCGUUCGAUUUCACAUUGGAUUUCACGAAGCUGUAA